GCAGAAGGUUGUGUUGUGGUCAGCUGUCCCCGCCUCCGCUCGUGGUGCUGCUGGAGGAUCAGAAAUAAGAGCUGAGCUGCUGAAGGACCCACUUUCCUAUGCUGCUUGAACAUACUUCUGUAAACACAUCAGGACGUUCCAUAUGGCCUCCAGAAGAAUCAUCGCUGGUACCCUCCACACAAACUCAUCUUACAGACGGACAAAGAAACGAAGCAAGAAGAGAACUCACAACUGCUCAGAGUGUGGAAGGGGUUUUGAUCGACAAAGUAAUCUCAAAAUACACCAGCGCAUUCAUGCAGGAGUUAAACCAUAUUACUGCUCAGAGUGUGGGAAGAGUUUUACUGUACAAAGUUCUCUCAAACAACAUCAACGCAUUCACACAGGAGAGAAGCCGUUUCACUGCUCAGGGUGUGGGAAGAGUUUUAAUCAACAGAUUCAUCUUCAACGACAUCAGCGCAUUCACACAGGAGAGAAGCCAUAUUACUGCUCAGAGUGUGGCAAGAGCUUUAAUCAACAGAUUCAUCUCCAACGACACCAGCGCAUUCACACAGGAGAGAAACCAUAUCACUGCUCAGAGUGUGGGAAGAGCUUUACUCAGCAGAGUUCUGUCCAGCAGCACCAGCGCAUCCAUACAGGAGAGAAACCAUAUUACUGCACAGAAUGUGGGAAGAGUUUUACUGUACAGAGCCAUCUCCUACAACACCAGCGCAUUCACACAGGAGUGAAGCCGUUUCACUGCUCAGAGUGUGGGAAGAGCUUUACCGUACAGAGCACUCUCCUAAAACACCAGCGCAUUCACACAGGAGAGAAGCCGUAUCACUGCUCAGAGUGUGGGAAAAGCUUCAGGCAUUCAAAUACUGUGAAGUCACACAAGUGCACUAUGAACAGUGGAGGAAAUGGGCAGCAGUGAGUGUAAACAUAACACCAUGUCAGGAGUCUGGAGGAGACUGCUUUUAGAGGGGGAACACCACAUUUUGUCGUUUUACUCUGUGUCUAAAGUACGUGCAUAAAAUACAUCAAAAUUUCCUGUGCUGAAGUCAAGACCUCAGCAUACUGUAUUAUUAUAAGUCUGGUCUGUGAGUAGCAGUUGCUCUACCCCAAUCCCAAAUGGACAGCAUCUACUUUUCUGCCACAUGUGUUGUAUCCAGACACCCUAUAGGUUAGUGCAACUUCUUGAUGCCCUCUUACUGGAUGCCUGAAUACCAGAGAAGAUGUGAGAAGCCGCUCAAAACACCUGCCGAAGCAUUUUGCAUCAGGGGAAACAUGCAAAGAUACCCAGGAUGCCUUUUACAGAUUUUAAAGUGGCGUUACUGCAUGCACAGCCAGACAGGACAGGCAAACACGACACAAUUCAACUGUACUUUAAAUUCUGUUUUGUUUGUUUGUUUACAUAUUCGCUUCUUUCUCUCUUCUCUCUGUCUGUGUUAAGCAAUAUAUACAUUUUAUUCAACUUUUUUUUAAUUCAAUUUUAUUGACCUAUUCACACAAAGCUGAAGUCGCUUCUUGUUUGAAUUUCCUUUUCCACUUUAAACAGUGCAGCAGUUACAUUCUGGCAACUUAGAACAGGAAAUUUCAAACAAGAAUCUGCCGAAUAAGAAACAAAUUCGGCCUCAUCCUUUUCACUGACAUUAACUUAUUGUAAAAAAUAGACAGGAAAUACUGCAGUAGUGCUGUCACUGUUUCCAAAUAAAGAAGAUAAAUCUAAAAACAAAGAA